AUGGACCAUACUGAUGCGUUUCAAAACAGAACUGCACCGACUAAGGAUCAGGUCCUUGUCCCUGAGACUUUGUUGAAGAAGAGAAAGGCUCAAGAGAAGGCUCGAGAGCAACGAAACUCUGACAUUGAGAAGAGAAAGAAGGCCAACAAGGAGAAGCGAGGCGUCAUCUUCAAGCGAGCCGAGACCUAUGUCAAAGAAUAUCGCGAUGCCGAGCGAGAAAAGAUCAGACUCGCCCGAGUAGCCCGACAAUCAGGCAACUUCUACGUCGAUGAACAGCCCAAACUCGUCUUCGUUGUCCGAAUCAAGGGUAUCAACAAGAUCGCCCCUAAGCCACGAAAGAUCCUCCAGCUCCUCCGACUUCUCCAGAUCAACAACGGUGUCUUCAUCCGCCUCACCAAGGCUACACAAGAGAUGCUUACUGUCAUCAAUCCAUACAUUGCCUAUGGUUACCCCAACCUGAAGAGCGUCCGAGAGUUGAUCUACAAGAGAGGAUAUGGAAAGAUCGACAAGCAGCGUAUUGCCUUGACAGACAACCAGCUGAUCGAAGACAACUUGGGCAAGUUCGGAAUUGUCUGCAUGGAAGACUUAAUCCACGAGAUCUACACCGUCGGACCAAACUUCAAGCAGGCUUCCAACUUCCUUUGGCCAUUCAAGCUCAGCAACCCCAACGGUGGUUUCCGAACAAGAAAGUUCAGACAUUAUGUCGAGGGUGGUGAUCUUGGUAACCGAGAGGAAAACAUCAACGCUCUCAUCAAGCAGAUGAAUUAG